UUUGACAUAUCUAUAUAUUGUUUGGUUAAACUAAUCGAAUCGAAUAUAAUUUAAAAUGAUACCGAGCAUUCGUCGAAAUCUCUUAAAAAUACAAUUGAUCGGGGGAAAAGAUUUUAAAAAAUGUCUGCAUAUAACCUCAUCGGUUGCAAAAGAAAGAAAUGAAUCUUCAUGUUAUAGUGACCGUAUACAAACAAUAAAAGAUUUGCUAGAUAAUUCGACAAGUUUUGUUGAAACCAGUCCUAAAGAAACGCAAGAUGAGUGGACAACUUUACCGUACGCCGAAGGUACACUUAUGUCCAAACAAGAAAAACACGAUCUGGGUAGUGUACGAACAAAAGUCGAUCCACGAGAUACUUCAAUUAUCCUCUUUCCCGGUGAAGGAGCUCAAUUUGUUGGUAUGGCAAGGUCGGCGGUGAAUGUUCCUGUUGCCAAAGAUGUAUUCGAUUAUGCGAGCGAAAUUCUCAAGUAUGACUUAUUGAAUCUUUGUAAUAAUGGACCCAAAGUGCAGUUGAAUGAUAUUAGAUACAGUCAUGUGGCCAUAAUGACUGCUUCAUUGGCUAAUUUGGAAAUGCUUCGUGAAGAACGACCGGAUGCUGUGUUAAAUUGUGUCGCAACCGCCGGUUUCAGCCUUGGCGAAAUAACAGCCCUUGUAUUUGCUGGUGCAUUGCAAUUUGAUGAAGCAUUGCAAUUGGUUCAAAUUCGAGCUGAAGCAAUUCAUGCAGCAAAUGAAAUACACAAAGGUGGAAUGGCAACAAUAUAUUAUGGUCCUGAUUCUGAAGUAAAAAAAGCCUGCAUAGCAGCAAAAGAAUGGUGCAUUAAAAACAAAUUUGAAAAAGCCGAAUGUUUUGUGUCAAACUAUAUGUAUCCGAAGUGUAAGAUUAUAUCCGGCAGUGAAGAAGCGCUCCAAUAUUUUGAGGAGAAUCUAGAAAAAUUUCGCAUUCGAACAAUACAACGUAUUAAAAAUGCACAAGCUGCACAUUGUAGAUUAAUGGAGCCGACAAUUGAGCCGCUCAGACAAGCACUCAAACAAAUGAUCGUUUCAGAUCCAAUAAUUCGGGUUUAUUCAAAUGUUUCCGCAAAACCAUACGCGAAUGCAAAACAUAUUGAAAAAUUGUUGCCACAACAAUUGGUGAAAGCAGUAAGAUGGGAACAAACUAUGCAUAAUAUGUUUGCACGAAGACGAGGCGAAUAUUUUCCGCGAACUAUAGUUUGUGGUCCGAAUGUUGUACUUAAAAACAUUUUAUUUCGAGUUAAUCUUAAAGCUUUUCGUCAAUCGAUACAUAUCGGUGAUGUUAAACAAAAGAAGUAGAUUUUAUUAUAAACAAAUUCAAAUAAAGCAUUUAUUAUAGAAAAAACGAAAA